AUGAUUGAGACCGGGACUCCGAGCAUGUUUGGCUGGACUGAGCCGGCACACUGCACCGUGUGCUGCUGUACGCUGGCCAACAAAAUCCUCAUGGUGCUCUUCAUGGUGCUGCUCAUCUUCGCCAUCUUGUUUGGGAACUUGGUGACUCUGGCUGUGGUUCUGGGGACGAAACACUUCAAGACGUCGCAGGGGUACCUGAAGGCGUCGCUGGCUGUAGCUGAUCUGGCGGUGGGGAUUUUUGUGGUGCCGCUGUCGGUGUACGCUGAGAUUUCUCUCAUGUUAACUGACUCUGCACCAGAGUGGACUUCAUACAACUCACAAUCCGUCAAUUUUCAUCCGUGCAACGUCAUCGGGCCCAUCUUCGCCGGGUGCACUCUGGUCUCCAUCACCACUAUUUUCCUGCUGACGAUUGAGAGGAGCAUCGCCGUGCUGAGGCCGCUGCACAAAGACUCUGUGAUCACACGGAAGAGAACCAUGAUCCUCAUCAUCCUCUCCUGGGUAGGGAGCUUCUUCUUGGCCGUGUCGCCGAUGGUUUUCAGCAGCGAGAUCGCUCUGGAGUAUAACUCCUGCAGCAGAAUGUGUAACUACGCGCUGGGGAGCAUCACCGAGUUCCCCAGCCAGGCGUGGAACAUCCUCCUCCUCUUCCCCGCCUUCGACUUCACCCUCCUGGGAGGGACGGUGGUCAUCAACAUCAUCUCUCUGUCCAGCAUCAGGCAGCACUCCAGGCGCAGGAAACACCUCGCCGAGACUGAGUGCCAAAGCACCACCAAACCAACCUUCUCCGACAUCAAAGCGGCCAAAACAAUAGGGACACUGACUGUGGCGUUCACCGCCUCAUUCACCCCCAUCGCCGUCUUUGUUGUCGGGAACGUAUUGGGGAAUAAAUGGUGCAACUUUUCCUUUUUUGCCUUCUGGAUUUUGGCCACCAACAGUUGCUGGAAUGUGAUCAUUUACAGUGUGAGAGAUCAGAAGUUCAGACUGAGAGCGCAUAAGCUCCUCAUGCCUUUCCAGAGAAAAAACUCGACCAAAUCCUAA